AUGAUGCCCGAUGAAUUGCACGAAUACUUAGACACAAAUCCAGAUAUAAUUGUGAACGAAGUUGAUUAUUUGAAGAAAGUAACCAAUCUACUGAAGACUGUUGACGCACGUAUUCUAACGAAUUACAUUGUUUGGCGCUACACAUCAGCCUGGAGCUUGCAGUUGGGCAGUCGUUAUGAUGAUAUAUUACAGGAUUUCCUUCGAGUGUUGAUCGGUAAAGAGGUGAAAUCACCACGUUGGAAAGACUGUAGUGCGACUGCCUCAAGCCAUAUGGGCGAUGCAGCAAGUGCGCUCUACGCUCGCAAAUAUUUCAAUACGAAAGACAAAAAAGCAGUUUUGGAUAUGAUCAAGGAUCUACAUGAUGCGUUCCGUGAAAUGGUGAGCGAAAACGAUUGGAUGGAUGAGCAAACCAAAAAAAUUGCCAUCGAAAAAUCGAAAGCGAUGCAAAGUUUGAUCGGAUAUCCGGAUUUCGUGUUGAGUGACAAGAAACUUGACGAUUACUAUAAAUUGGUAAGGAGAUUGGACGACGUUUUUUGGCAGUUGAAAUUGGAACAAGGAGAUACAUACGCGAGCAUGGCACAAAAGACGACUAAAUGGGCACAAAAUUAUUGGUUUAGAAAAUUGAUCGAACCAGUGGAUAGAACUGAAUUUGAAUUCUCAUCGUCGACUGUGAAUGCCUUCUAUGCACCGCCCAAAAAUGCCAUC